CAGUGUCAGAUGACCAUCCAGGCUAAUAUUAGCAAAGGAAAAGCAGAGGUGAUUUGAGAGAUUUAACACCUGUGCAUUAUUCCCUCGGUGUCGCGACACUGUGACGACCUCUGCCUCUGACAAUGACCUUUUUAAUGAGCUUCAAGUCAAAUGUUAUGACCGUUACAAAAACCACUGCUCUGAUGUAGACCAAAGGUGUCUACGGCAGGAGCAAGGUCACCGCAGAGAACCCCCAUGACGGUCCAAAAUAGAGGGUCGGCAGAACAGGGGCGAGCCAAACUCCAGGUUCACUAAAAGAGACUUUAAAACCUGAAACGAUGAAUUGACAAAAUUAGCUAUCCUGCUAUGGUACAAGAAUAUUAGGAGUGAACUAAGAUAAUGUGUGGGGUUCCUCAGGGCUCCAUUCUUAGGCCACUAUCAUUUAACCAGGGCUAAAAACGUUAUUAUUUACUACAGUGUUUCCUCUGAUUUUUUUUUUUUUUUUUAGCAACAAUGUCUGAUUUUUGUUUUAGUUUUUUUUGGGAGAGGAGCAUUAGGGGUUGGGGUAAAAUUAAAAAAAUAAACUUUAAAUGUGUUCACUUGUUUAGCUUCUUGAGAGUUUGCUGAAGGGAGUCUCUACACAAAGAUUGUUUUUUAAAAUGGUACUAAACUCGUAUUGCUGUGAGCAUAUGUCCACUUUUACAUUUUCUUUUUUUCUCCAGAAAAACUUCUCCCACCUGCUCUGGUGGUCCCGCCCACCGCCACGGCCGCCCAUCGCUCUGACUCCACCUUAGCUGCAACUCCUGCGUCUGCAGCAGCGGUGGCGACGUGGAGUCCUCCCGCUAACUUCUCUCAGGGAUUCAUUCAGUCUCCAUCUCUCUUAUUUUCUUCUUUCGUCACCAUCUUCCCACCAUGGCUUCGAUUUCGCUUUUCUUCGCCGCCGCCGCCGCCGUCGUCGUCGCUCUGUUCGGCCUCAGCACCGCCGGUUCGGAUGCGCCGCGCGGCGUCGCCGUCGGCUUCGUGUUCGACCCGCAGGCGAAGUGCGAUCCUCCGUGCGAACACGCAGGAGUGUGCAUCCGAAACAACACAUGUUUCUGCUCCAGGGGCUACGAGGGAGAGACCUGCCAGUUUACCAGCUGUUUUCCCAAGUGUAAGAACGGAGGAGAGUGUCUCCGGCCUGGAAAAUGCAGAUGUCCUGCUGGAUACGGAGGGAAAUACUGCCACAAAGUGACGUGUGACACAGGAUGCUGGAAUGGUGGAGAAUGUACUGCUGUGAAUGGAGUGGCCAAGUGCAUCUGCCCCUCAAGUUGGACCGGCACUAAAUGCCAAGAGGCUAUUUGUCCUCAGGGCUGCAGGAACGGAGGCAUUUGUGUGGCUCCAGGAAUCUGCAGCUGUCCUGAGGGGUGGCUGGGCGGGGCCUGUCACAACGCUGUGUGCGCUCUGCCCUGUCUGAACGGAGGAAAGUGCAUCUCCCCUAACACAUGCCGCUGUCGUCCUCCUUACUCUGGUCCUCGCUGUGAGCAGAGGAAGAAGUCUCACUAAUGUGACUAAGUCAAGAGCCACGAGGGAAGUUGUGGUAACCGGGACGGUUCUCUCUCUCUUUUUUUUUUUCAAAUUUUGUCAAGUUAUCUGUCUAUGUUAUAGGUCAUGUAUAACGGUUUGGAUUUUUUAAAAUUAAUAACAAAAACAUCUUCAAAUAAUCACAAUCAGUGCUACUUCUGUUUAUUGUACCACUGUGUAAGUUGAUGAUGAUGAUAAAUCAUUAUUAUUGAGUACAUGUUUGUUGGCUUUCUUUUUCUAAAUAAAAAGAUUUUGAUGAAUGAAAAUGUUCAGGAGAAUCUUAAUCUAUAAUUAUUGUAUAUGUGCGGACAAGGGGUACAUUAACACUAAAAAAAAGAGGAAAAUUACAAUUUGUUAGUUGUCUUUUGCCAGUGUCCACUGAAAAAUAGUUUUACAUCAUAUGGACACAAUCGUUCAGAAUCACUGCUUCCUCCACUCAAACAAUUUCCUGUGGACUUUGACGUGAAGGAUGGAGUAGAACUCAAUGAUCUAU